GUAUUUUAUCAAACGUAUUCAGUAACGAUCGGUUUCACACACGCGCUUCAUACUACUUUUUGAGAGUGCAAACUAUGAGUGUUUAAUAUUUUUUUUAAGUUUGACCAAUGAUACACUUUUAAAGUAAAUGUUUAUUUUUAAUUUUUUUUUCUUAUAUGUUAUUGAUUCUCGGUUGAAUUAUACAUUUCCAAAUUCAAUUCAAAACAGGGUGAAAUUUUAUUUUGAAUGACAUACAGACCAAUUAGUGUACGUACAAAUCCACAAAACUACAGAAAUGGAGGUAUCAACAUUUUUAAUAUUCACCAUAUGGUUCGUUUCUAUUCAGCAUUGUCUGACAAUAAAUUUAAACGCACUAUCAUAUCUUGGUGAACGUUAUCGUACAAAUCUUAUACAAUUUCGAGAAGACCCGUUGUUUGGUAAUAAACCAAUACUUGAUGAAUAUGACUUUAUUGUGGUUGGAGCAGGAGCGUCAGGUGCUACGGUCGCCAGGAGACUAGCAGAAGUACCGGAAUGGAAAAUAUUACUACUCGAAGCAGGCAAACAAGAAUCAUUGGCCACUUCAGUUCCAGCUAUAGCCCACUACUUUCAAUUUACAGAUUUCAACUGGGCUUUCAAAACCGAAGAGGAACCGAACGCCUGCCUAGGCACCGUAAAUAAAAGAUGUUUAUGGCCACAAGGUAAAGGCCUCGGUGGAAGUACAAUCAUUAACAAUAAUAUAUACACUCGAGGCAAUGUAAGAGAUUUCGACCGUUGGGCCGAAGCAGGCAAUCCCGGUUGGUCCUACAAAGAUGUUUUACCAUAUUUUUUAAAAAAUGAAGACGUGACUAUUCCAGAAUUAAAACGUUCUCCAUACCACGGUAUUGGUGGACCAAUGCCAAUAAGUUAUUCUCCUUUCAAAUCAAAACUAGUAGAAGCGUUUCUUGAAUCCGCUCCACAAGUUGGUUUAAAUGUGGUGGACUACAACGACCCGAAUAGCCACGUUGGCUUUUCAAGAAUCCAAGGUACGAUAAACUAUGGUAGACGGGUAACAUCGGCCAAAGCAUAUCUACGAGCGAACUUAACAAACUUGCAUAUUGUCGAAGGAGCUUUCGUCACAAAAAUACUGAUCGACCCAAAUACUAAAGUCACGUUGGGCGUGGAAUACGAAAAAGAAAAGAAAAAACGAAGAACGUUAGCCAGAAAAGAAGUGAUUUUGUCGGCGGGCGCUUUCAACACAGCUAAACUCUUAAUGCUGUCAGGUAUUGGACCUAAAGAACAUCUUGAACCACUAAAAAUAAAAACUAUAAGCGAUUUGCGCGUUGGCGAUAAUUUACAAGAACAUCCUUCGUACGCAAACUUAGCGUUUACUGUUAACCAAACAGUGGGAUUAAUACCUGAACGUAUUUACAAACAAUCAAUACGCGAGGCAUUAAGAUUUUACGAUGGUGACGGUUGGCUCACGACCAUGGGCUGCGAAGGACUUGGAUAUGUGAAAACAAAAUACAACACGGAUCCCGGUGAUGUACCGGAUAUUGAAUAUAUUUUUAUUCCGAUGUCUCUAGCCGGUGAAGAAGGACUGGGAAAUAGCAUAUUGAGAAGAAGCAUGGGAAUACCGGAUAGUGUUCAUUAUGAUUUGCACAAAGGCAUAUUCAAUAAAGACGGAUGGUCGAUAUGGACUAUGCUUAUGUACCCAGAGAGUAGAGGACAAGUUCGAUUAAGAAAUGCUAAUCCUUAUUCAAAACCCUUAAUACGAGCUAACUUUUUCGAUAAUCCCAUUGAUGUAUUGCGUAUCGUAGAAGGAAUAAAAAUGGUUAUAGACCUUAACAAAACACCGGCUUUUCAAAAAUUAGGAUCUACUUUGAGUAUGCGAACAAUGCCGGGAUGUAGACACUUAAGUUAUGGUACAGAUAAAUACUGGGAAUGUUGUGUAAAAAGAAUCACUAUGCAGAUGCAUCAUCAGAGUGGUACUGCAAAGAUGGGACCGUCGUCCGACCGAAACGCAGUGGUCAACCCACAACUCAUGGUUUACGGUGUUUCUAAGCUGAGAGUUAUCGACUGUUCAAUCAUGCCGACGAUUACUGGAGGUCAUACUGUAGCACCAGCCUAUAUGAUCGGAGAGAAAGGAGCUGAUUUGGUUAAAUCAACUUGGCUACAACCAAACAAUUAAAAUUAUAAUACGAUAAGUAUUAUUAAUUUAUAAUUAAAUAAAAAGACUUAAAUUAAUUGUAGGUUACCUAUCUGAAAUCAAUCGUGUAAAGUUACUAGUGUAUAUUAUUAUUAUUUGCAUCGAAUUAAUUCUUAGGUAUUACACGUUUGAUAACUAAUAGAAA